UAAAGUGACUGAUUUAUAUUGCAAUAUGUCAAACGCAUCCCUCCGGGCCAUCAUGCGGACUUUCGUUAUGAACCGGAGAUUUUAUAUCGCUGAAUAUAUUAACCAACAAUCCAGUUCGCAGAGUGCUCAGGACGCAAAUGGCGGCAAAGCGACGGCUCCUGCAGCCGAAAUGGAAAGAAGUUUGGCGCCUGGUUUGACCGAGACAAACGAGAGCAGUCCGGAUUCUGAAGAAUCAGUGAUUCCGCCGCCAUCUUCCUCUAUAACCGGAAUUGAAAAUUGUACGAGGAAUCAAAGGUUUCGUGAAAUCAAUCACGCGAAACCGAAGGGUGGAAAAGAUGUUUUCCAAGAAAAUUACAUGCUGCUGCAUUUAACCCAAAAUACACUGAACUCCUCAAGGCUAUCAAUGCUGACGAACGGUGUUAUGCAGCCAUUUGUGAAGCGGGACGAUUUGAAAAGCCCCAAAAAGUCAGUCUGGAACUGAUAAAGCCGAUUG